CCACGCUAGCCCAGUUCUGCGUAUCACCCUCUGCUGGUGAUCGAGGGAGCGAAUAAUUCUCCACACAAGUGACUCCCAGUGCAGAAGAUGGCGGAAGGCGAACUGAACGUAGAUAGCCUCAUCUCUCGGCUUUUGGAAGUGCGGGGAUGUCGUCCUGGGAAGAUCGUGCAGAUGUCGGAGGCGGAGGUGCGGGGGCUGUGCAUCAAGUCCCGCGAGAUCUUCCUCAGCCAGCCCAUCCUGCUGGAGCUGGAGGCUCCGCUCAAGAUCUGCGGCGACAUCCACGGGCAGUACACGGACCUGCUGCGGCUCUUCGAGUACGGCGGCUUCCCCCCCGAAGCCAACUACCUGUUCCUGGGCGACUACGUGGACCGAGGCAAGCAGAGCCUGGAGACCAUCUGCCUGCUGCUGGCCUACAAGAUCAAGUACCCCGAGAACUUCUUCCUGCUGCGCGGCAACCACGAGUGCGCCUCCAUCAACCGGAUAUACGGCUUCUACGACGAGUGUAAGCGCAGGUUCAACAUCAAACUGUGGAAAACCUUCACCGACUGCUUCAACUGCCUGCCCAUCGCCGCCAUCAUCGACGAGAAGAUCUUCUGCUGCCACGGAGGUCUCUCUCCUGAUCUGCAGUCCAUGGAACAAAUCCGCAGAAUCAUGAGGCCAACUGAUGUCCCUGAUACAGGUCUGCUGUGUGACCUGCUGUGGUCAGACCCAGAUAAGGACGUGCAGGGCUGGGGGGAGAACGACCGGGGCGUGUCCUUCACCUUCGGGGCCGACGUGGUCAGCAAGUUCCUAAACCGCCAUGACCUGGACCUCAUCUGCAGAGCACAUCAGGUUGUGGAGGACGGGUACGAGUUCUUUGCCAAACGCCAGCUGGUGACUCUGUUCUCGGCCCCUAACUACUGCGGGGAGUUUGACAACGCCGGGGGCAUGAUGAGCGUGGACGAGUCCCUAAUGUGCUCCUUCCAGAUCCUGAAGCCGUCGGAAAAGAAGGCCAAGUACCAGUACGGGGGAGUGAAUUCGGGGCGCCCCGUCACCCCGCCUCGCACCGCCCAAGCCCCCAAAAAGAGGUGAGCGGCCAGCACUGCCCCGCUGGCCCUCACCCGAAUCCCCCUCACUGCACCCCAGUAACCCCCCCUUCCCCCCCUCUGUCCUCCGCCUCUUGGGAGCAACCCGGGGCUCCCUCUUCCACACUGACCGUUCUCUUUCUGGUAUACGUGUAUAUACAUUUUGCUGUGACCAAUCAAUAUCUCUCUUUCGUUUUUGCUUUUUUUUUUUUGUCUGUAUUUUUGAAAUAUAAAUAUUCUUGUGUCUUCUGAUGCCGUGAGGUGUUUUUCAGCUCCCGCUACACGGAGAAGCAAUAUAAAACAAAACCGUUCGAGAAGGGCAACGUGUAUCAAAUACGAUUGCGGUUGCCUGACUUGUAAAGAAAAAAAAAAAAAAAGAUUUUGCUUUGGUCUGCGUAAAUGUGCGAAACUGUAUUGGUGUGAUUUCAAGCUGCUUCCCUGGUGGUCUGUGGACUGCGAGUUCCUCCCAGCAUUGAGCUUGCCUGCACUGUCAGAACGUCUUUGUUCGAUCUACGUUAUGGACUAAAAUGCACUUCUGUUAAUCUGACCACGAUUGUGGCUUAGAUGCAAGACGUUGGGCACAAACUUGUUUGAUUGAAGGGAGAGUUAAGUGCAUUAAGUACACUGAAAUGAAGUGUGCUCACAAACACACACACACACACAUACACUCGCGUGGACCCGUACACACAUUCACAUAUACAUGCACAGUGAGGACCACGCAGCCACACUAAAGCUAAGAGUGGAGGUGCGUAGAUCAAGUGACGAAAGGAAGCUUGAAUUGUUCUGGAGGAACUCCCAGUACACGGCCCCAGGAACACAGGAUGCAUUUAUGAUAAACAAGAGGUCAAAUUAGUGCACACUCUUCCAGUGCCUUUCACUGAGCUCCUUACCCAGCCCACGCGUCUCGCGCCCUGCGGACCCCGCGCUGAGCGGUCCCGCUCGGCGUGCUGCCGACCGCGCGCACGCCGACCAACCCGCUACCGCUGCUAAAGGAGGGCGGAGCCUCUCGCCGGGGCCUCGGCAAGGAGAAGCAAGGCCCGCCGCUCUGGCAAACGCCAUUUCGGUACGCCCACCCCGGUCCAUGCCACACUUUU